AUGGAUCCUUCCAACAGCGAUGCAGACUUCCCAUGGCACUUGGGUAUCUUCGACGCCCAUUGCCACCCCACCGACACCCUGUCCAAUCUCCCGUUAAUCCCCAGCAUGCGCGCCAAAGUACUAACCGUCAUGGCCACUCGCGCCCAAGAUCAGCAGCUCGUCGCUCAAGCGGCCAACGACAUGGGGGUGACGGAAGAAGAUGUGGCUAGUGAGGACAUGGAUUGGAGGCAAAGCCACAAAAUCAUCCCCUCCUUCGGCUGGCACCCGUGGUUCUCACAUCAAAUGUUCGACGAAGCCGACUACGACGGCGCAACAUCCCUCUCCCUCGACCAAAAAGUGGCUCACUAUGAAAGCGUGUUAACUCCCACGCCCACCUCCCCGGACUUCCUCCGCGCUCUCCCCCAGCCACAACCCUUUGGUCACUUCGUCUCGCAAACACGCACCCACCUCCAGCAAUACCCUCUCGCCCUCGUCGGCGAAGUGGGCCUCGACCGCUCCUUUCGCAUCCCCGAGGCCUGGCUACCCCAAGAACUCGAGCAGCGCGAUGAUGCCCUCACCCCCGGUGGUCGGGAAGGUAGGAAGCUGAGUCCGUACCGGGUGAGCAUGGAGCAUCAAAAGAAGGUGCUGACCGCGCAACUGCACCUCGCCGGCGAAACGCAGCGCGCCGUCUCCAUGCAUGGCGUGCAGGCCCACGGGGUGGUCUUUGAAACCCUGGCGGCCACGUGGAAAGGACAUGAACGGCAUGUCCCCAGUAAAAGGGAGAAGAAGUUGCAGGAAGCUGCCGCCAAACGAUCCGCCGAGCCCGCAGAGGAGAAGGUAGAAAGUCCCUCUCCUACUCCCAAGCCGUAUCCACCCCGCGUAUGUCUACACUCCUACUCCGGGCCGGCCGAAGCGGUGAAGCAGUACGUCGCCCCGUCAGUGCCUUGCGACGUCUUCUUCAGUUUCAGCACGACCAUCAACGCCUGGUCGGACUCUGCCGAAGAUGGCAAGGUGGAGGCGGCCGUCCGCGCAGUGCCUGAUAAUAGAGUGCUGGUGGAGAGUGACAUGCACAUUGCAGGCGAUGAAAUGGACCAUCAGCUCGAACAGGCGGUACGCAAGAUUUGUCAAGUUAAGCAAUGGCCGCUCGAGGAGGGAGUGAAGCAGCUUCGAUCAAAUUGGAGGAGAUUCGUAUUUGGUAGGGAGUGA